AUAAUAGUAAAAAAAAGGAACUUACCUUUCUUAUGUCUAAACUUUUGUAUUUUAGUCGAUAAUUUGAUUAGCAUACAUAACUGUUUUUUAAUAAACAUGUCCAAAGCGUCCGAUUAUCGUGUCAUUGUUGGUAUCGAUUUUGGAACCACUCAUUCGGGUUUCGCAUACACACACGUAAGAACUCAACUAAAUGAAAUUAUUACACAUACAGAUUGGCAAGAUUAUGCUGGACGAUUUAAAGUUCCAACAGUAUUAUUAUACGAUGACGAUCUUAAGAGUGUUCAAUCGUGGGGAUUUUCUGCAUUGGCCAAGCGACCAAAAAGAAAGAAAGUAAUUGAUAAAAAACCUGUUGAAUUAUUUAAAUUACAUUUAGGAAAAAUGUCAAACAAACCUCCUUUACCAAAUGGGCUUGAUUAUAAAAAAGCUAUUACUGAUUAUCUCCAUGAAUUUGGUAAAGUUGUAAAAAAUAAAAUAGAUGAUUGUUGGAAAGUUAACUUUUUCACUCAAGUUUUAUUUAUUUUUACGAUUCCCACUGAAUUUGAUGAUAAUGCGAUUUCGAUUAUGAGAGAAUGCAUAUUUAAAGCAGGAUUAUUGAAAGAUCAGUAUGCUCGAAAUUUGAGAUUUAUAACAGGACCCGAAGCUGCCGCGAUUCAUUGUAUGAAAUAUUUAAAGGAACAUAAUUUGUCAGUUGGUGCAAACUUUAUGAUUGUUGACUGCGGAGGUGGUACGGUAGAUUUAACGAUAAGUCAACUUUUGGAGGGUGAAACAUUAAGCGAAAUUAUAGAAGGAAGUGGAGGUUAUUGUGGUGGUAAUUUUGUAGAUCAAGAAUUUCUUAAAUUUUUAGAAAGUAAAGUUGGAGCAAAUGCAAUUAGUCAAGUUAGAGAAAAUCAUUAUUGUCAACUUCAAUAUAUGGUACAAGAAUUUGUUAGAUUGGUUAAAAUGAAAUUUACCGGAGAUCCAUCAGAAUUUGUGGAUACCGAAUUGGAAUUAGACGACAUUUGUCCUGUUAUAAAACAGUAUUGUAAAGGAGAAUAUCUUGAUAAGAUGGAAGAAGAUGAAUGGACUAUCAUUUUAAAAUUUGAUAACGUUAAAAUAAUGUUUGAUCCAAUUGUAAAAAGGAUUAUUCAAUUAAUUGAUACUCGAUUACAUUUGAUUAAUAAUAAUUGUUCUGCAAUAUUAAUGGUUGGUGGAUUUAGCGAGUCAAAAUAUUUACAAUCAAGAAUUAAACAAGAAUUUAGUUCAAAAGUUAAACUUAUUACUAUACCACCUCAACCUGUUAGUGCUAUAAUGAAAGGAGCUGUUAAAUAUGGCUUGAUGCGUGUGCCCUAUAUCUCACAUGAUGAAGCAAUUCAAUCUUUAUAUAAUGAAGAGAAAAUACUUCAAGAUGAAAUUCAUAAUAAUAUUAAACAGUAUAAAUUAUUAUAUAAUAAGUUACAAAAAAGAUAUGCGGAUUUAACAAAAAACAUGGAACAACAUCAAGUAAUUGUUAAAAAGUUGAAAAAUGAAAACGAGAAAAUUAAAGAAAUUAAUCAAACAAACCGAAGUAAAAUCGAGUCACAAGAACAAAUGAUUAAUCAAUCGCGACAAACUUUAGAAUUAAAAGAAAAUCAAUUACAAAAUUUAGAAAAAGAAAAAGUGGAAUUAGAUAUUAAAAUUGAGAGUUUACUUCAAAAAAAUACAAAUUUAGAUACUCAAUUACAAAAUGUUGUUCAACAAAAUGCUUUGUUGGAUAAGGAAAUUAAUGACCUUAAUGAUAUUAAUCAAAAGCAUCAGCAAAGAAUUGAUCGUUCACAACAGUCUUUAGAAUUGGUAAAAAAUCAAAUGAAAAAUUUAGAAAAGGAAAAAGAUGAAGAAAUCAACAAAUAUAAGCUAAUGAGCGAUGAAUACAAAGAGAAAUAUACGGAACUAUUAAAUAUAAUAAAUAAUAACAAUGAAAAGACAAAUUAACAUGAUAUAAUAAUUCUUAAAUUCCACGAUUAGAAAAUCAAAAUAAGAAUUAAAUGAUAAUAUAAGAAAGCGGUUUUAGGAAACGAAUCACUACUAUUUUCAAAGCACCGAAAAACAUUUUCGUCUUGAAUAGGAUAUUAUUAAACGAAUUUCAUUUUCGACAUUCAUUGAGUAGAAGCACGUCAUUUUUAUUGAUGUGUUUGAUAUCGGGUUAAUUUUUACAACUUUUUCUAUUAUU